AUGGCGGCGGUGGCGAAGGGUCUCCCUCUGAUCCGGCCGAGUACCUGCUUCGCCUCUCCGCUCCUGCUGCCGUCUCAUUCUUCCGCUUCGAGGGCUUCCCCGCCAUUUUUCUCCGCCUCCCCCGCUUCCGUAGUUAGGCAGCUCCGCCUCCGCUGCCGCCCGGGGAGGGAAUCCGACGCCGUGGAGAGGGCGCCCGAUUGUGCGCUAAACGAGGUGGAUGACGAGGGGAGUAAUGGGGAUACAGUUAUGUACUCUAUCUCCCCCUUGCCCCUGCUGUUCGCCGCUGCGCUUCCUGGAGGUGAGGGGAUUAGAUUUUCGUCAGAGGUGUUCUAUGUUAGGCCCCAGAUCUGCCUUCCCAUCUUUAUCAUCUCCCUUCCUGGAGAUGAUGCUCAGUUGACCAUAACUGGGGUGUUCUUACAUCUGUUAACCUAAUUGUUUUAUAUUCGAUGCUCCAGAUAUUGUCGAGGUUCUAUCAAAUUUCUGCGAGAUAGUUGUCCAAAAAAAAUCUUAUUCCGCAAGUCAAUGGGUAUAACUUUUCUUCCUAAUUUCUUGAUCAAUGCCUAAAAAGGUUUGAUUUCACUAGUCAUCGGAUAUAAUUUUUCUUCCUAACAACUUGAGGAAAGCCCAAAAAAAAUCUUAUUCCACUCGUCACUGGGUUUACUUUUUCUUCCUAAUUACUUGGGCAAUGUCUAAAAAAAAAGUAAAAAUUAGUCGCCUAGUCAACGGGUAUAACUUCUCUUCCUACUUUCCUGGAAUAUCAUAACCUCUGAAAUCUAUGCUUAUGUGUAAAUCAUUUGCUCUGUGCAUGCUCCGACAGCCUCAACGAUCAGAUCAGUCUUUGGGCCCUUUGUUGAGCUCGUGAAGUCAUGGGAUCUUCCAGGCUGGCUUGUGCAUUGGGGGCAUCCGGCGAACAUGGUGAGCUCCACAGCAACGAACAGUCUCGCAUGAGCCAGAUUAGGAAAAUUCUUCUUCAAUGCAUCUUGUUCUUCGAGGACUCUCUAUCUUUCCAAAAUCGUCAAUUUUCCAGUUUUCUUGGUUCUCAGGCCGUCGUACUCUUUGCCAUGGGAGGAUAUGGAACCUAUCUGGGUUUCCGGAUUCGUUUUUCAGGUGACGUGGUAAAUCCUCUCUGCCUCCCAACUCUGAUAACUUCUUCAUAUCAUUUUAUGCUGUAUAUACGUGUCUCCCUUAUUUCUCAAAUUUUUAUAUAUUUAUAUAUCGGAUUUUUCUUCAAGAAUAGCUCCAGUUUUUUUCACCUAUUUCCUUUCAAGGGCUAACCUGGUUUCUGUUGGCUGAAGGAGGAGAAAGCCAAGGCCAAAGACCUGCACCCAAAGCUUCUUGCGACCAUGUUCGUCUUCUUCGCUGUUGGAGCCACCGGUGGGGUGACAUCACUGCUCACUUCUGACAAACCCAUUCUGGAGAGGUGAAAGAAAUUCACUGGGUCCCUAGCUGGGUCCUAUCUUUUAUUUUUUAUCUUUGAAAAAAAAUGAAUUUGUUGAAGGAAAUAUACUAAUUUUCUUCUUCUGUUCCUAUUUCCGACGUGGCAGCCCUCAUGCCAUCACAGGGGCCAUUGGUUUGGCUCUUCUGACCAUCCAGGCCGUCCUGCCAUCCUUAUUCGAGGUACAUGAAACUAGCACAUGUUAUGAUUUACACGUGGUCGAACCAUGUUAUUAAAAAAAUAGUUUUUUUUAAUAAACAGAAACCUUUAAUUCGAAGAAAUUUAGAUGAAAGUGAGCAGAUAAGACCUGAUUUGAUGUCUUCUUCCUCUUUUUUCUAGGGAAACCCUGGGCUGAGGAACGUGCAUGGGCUCUUGGGUAGCAGCAUCAUGGCUCUGUUUCUGGUUCAUGCUGCCUUUGGGCUCCAGCUUGGUCUGAGUUCUUGA